AUGGGAAUCUCUGGGUUUAACAAGAUGAUGCAGAAAGAGUUCAAGAAGAGCUUCGCUCAACCGAAAACAGACGGAGGAAAAAACUACAAGAAGAACAGCAACAACAACAACAACAGAAGUAACAGUAACUUUACUUCUUCUUCUUCGUCGUCGUCGUCGUUGCAUGAUAUUAAAAGUGCGUAUAAACUGGACCCUAGAAGACUGGCAUCGUUCGACCACGUGUACGUGGAUGUGAAUAACGUCUUGCAUGUCGCCGCGCACCACACGAAAACAGAGUCCGCCUUUUACAAAAAGUUGUUCGGUUUGUUGACCGGUAUCAUUCGUCGAACGCGACCGAGACAUUCGAUUACGUUCGCUUUAGACGGGCCAGCGCCAAUGGCUAAGACCAUCACGCAACGACGACGACGAGUGAGACUAUCGUCGGGAGAGAGAGAACCAUUAUCGACGGAUUUAUCGAGAAUGAUGAAACUCGGAAUUACGCCCGGGUCGAGGUUAGCGCUGAAAGUCGAUCGAGCGAUUGAGUAUUACAUCGCGUCAAAAGUACACCGAGAAGAUUUUGGUCCGGACAUUUUAUACGAGCUCUCGGGAACGACGGUGCCGGGUGAAGGUGAAAUUAAACUCGUUCGAGCCAUGCAGUUGAGACAGGAAAAUCCAAACUUUCAAAAUCACACGCACUGCGUCGUUUCCGAAGAUUCCGACGCCAUUCUUUUGGCGCUGACGGUUAAUCCAACCAUGGACGUGUUCGUUAGUGGUGCGCAGAGACUCGUGUUUUCAGCCAGAAUGUUCAACGAGGAAUUAGCGAUGAGUUUAAACCCGAAUUCAAAAGUGCUCAGCGCGGAAAAUAACUUGAGCGGCGUCGGCGGCGCUGGGGCUGGGAGUAAAUCUAAAAGGCAAGCGAAAAGGGAAAUGGAAAUGAAUGAAUACAACCAGAAAAGAGGCGGUGGUAGUGGUGGGGAAUCACAAGCUUUGCACGCGAAAGGCUCGAAUAACAAUAGCAAUAAUUCUAGCAGUGAGAAUAGGAGUAGCGAUGAAGGUGACGACGGGCAACUGUGGUGGGACGGUAUUCUACCAGACCGGAAAAAGCGCCCAAAGGAAUACGCACAGGAGUUGUCGGCGAUUCGACGGGAUUUUGUCGGUUUGUCUGUGAUGUCAGGUAAUGAUUACAUUAGUGGGAGUCGAUUUGGGGUGAAGUUUUCGUGGAGAAAUUACGUGCGCGUGAGGAGCUGUAAAAUGUUCAAAGGUCGAAACCGUUUAUUCCCGGGGCCUCCCUCGAAUACGAAAGAUCCUUUGUUUCAACUUCGUUUGGAAAGAGAUCGGCGUUCGCAACCGAUGACGGGAAUGGAUGACACGGUAAAUUGGGCCAUGCUCAAAGCCGUAGCCGGAACGCUUUUAAAUCCAAAUUAUUUGGACUGGUUGGAAGAGAACGAUGCGAGUGCUUUUAAACACACGAGCAAAUACGCGAGUCCACUCGCCAAGGACAUGGUAACCAUCAAGGAUUUUUCAAUCAACUACUCUACGCUUGCAAACAUGCCAGCUGAAGAUUUUGCACACGUUUGGAACAAUUUUUCGGACGUGAACGAGAACAACGACAGCAGCGUGAAACGCGUGUACGAUUACAUGUACGGCGUCGAGUGGGUGUUGGCGACGUAUCAUGCGGGAGAAUGUGCAGAUUUUUCAUUCUAUACGCUUUACGAUUCCUCGUCGCGACCGCGAUUAGUAAACCAAGUUGGUGGUCUCGGUGGAAACGAUUUACUCGAUUACGCUUCUAUACCAGAUACGUUUGACAAGAAUUGCGAUCCGUUGAGAGAUAAGACUCGGGCAGAGGCUGUUUUUUACAACAAGGCACCUAUUACGCCUUUGGCGUAUUCGUUAGCGGUGAUUCCACGAGGCGGUCGUGCUCAGUUGUGCAAAGGCAUUCAAGCUUUGGUAGAUCCAGAUUCUCCUUUGCGCGAACUAUUCGUGUGCGAUUACUGCGCGCGAUGUAUUAAGCAUCGUAUCAAAGUCGCUCCGUUGGAAAGAACGUUGCAGCAGCAACUCUCCGGGAAUAGGACUGCAAAAGCACUUGGUGGGUUGAAAAACAAGUCUGCCGAUACUGUAAAACGAAACGAGCCAAAGCAGAAUCAAUCGAAGAAAAGUGGGAACACAUCCCGCAUUGACGAAUUGUUAGCGAGAAAAUCACCGAUGUAUGUAGAAGUUUUGAACGAUGGCGACGAAAGUGACGACGAUAUUUCAGAUGUCAUCAUAAUAGAAGACGAAGAGGGAGACGAUGAUAUUGAAGACGAAGACGAAGAGGGUAGCGUAAAAGUUUUUCUCUCAACUGACGACGACGACGACGAUGAAGUGAGCGAUGAUACUGUCGACGCGUCUGAAUACGAGGACCCUCCGCUUGAAUUUCCGUCUAAGAAAACGUACAAGUCUUACGAAGAAGUUCGAGAUGAGCUGCGCAGAUUGAAUCGAAAUCAUCUCCAACACGUAAAGAACGCAUACGUACACGUCGAUAAACCACCGAUGUCGCUACCAUCGCUCGAAGCUGCGGUAGCGCGAUUAUCAGCAGACGAAGCUUUAUCGAAGGACGAAGAGGUGCUGCGCACGAUUGGAAGCCCCGUGCUGUACUGGAAGCGUAAGGUAUUAGAUACAAAGGACGUGGAGGAACAAGACUUUUACACGACGAGAGAGAUGGAAGCGUGGAGAAGCACAAUCACGCCUCCCGGGUGUAAAUCAUUAACUGAAGGUGUUACCUCAAUUCGACGUUACGACGGUGACGUUGCGCAAGUUGGAAUAAUCAGCAGCAACAACAGACGCGACAGCCGCAGCAGCGAACGCAAUCUUCGCCGCCUCCACGAGAGCAACAGCAACAGCAACAACAACGGGCGCCGUCAGAUCAGCCCUCCCAAAGGAAGUUCGCGGGAGGACGAGGAGGACGAGUUUCAUCUGCGACGCCGCCGGGGAGAAGUGGUGCGCGACGCGCGAAUCCAAAGCCACCAAAAGCUCCGCCGCCGUCGGCAAUAA